ACUGUCGGGCGUUGCUUACUACACGCAGCAUUGCUUUCAAGAUUCUCUACGGUGGGAUUUGGGAGUCGUGUUUGGCAGAGGUAUGAGACAACAAGAGUACUACACGACAGCCGACAGCCGACAGCACCAUCGUCCUCUAUCGAUCUUAUUCUGCCCCACGUUAUUUCACACCAAAUCCGUGAGACACUCACAAAAAGACCUUUGAUCUCCGAUUCACCUUGUUCCACCAUAAACGCCACAGUGCAUUAUACAGUUCAGGAGUUCCAGUUGAAGAGUACAAUCAUGGAUACUCGACCAAGGUGCAAUAACAGGUUUGUAACAACGUAUCAAAUUCACUGCCAAUAGUUUGCUGUACUGAGGUACAGGUGAAGAGAAAAUACUGUAAUCGCUUUGAAAUUUAGAACUUUAUCCUGGAGAAUCGUAUUCGAUCGUCUAAUAUGGGGGGUAGCAUCAAGACCGUUGUUUGGUUUAGGAGGGACCUCAGAAUAGAGGACAAUCCUGCCUUAGCUGCAGCUGCUAAGGAUGGUUCUAUUUUUCCUGUCUAUAUAUGGUGCCCUAAAGAGGAAGGACAGUUUUAUCCAGGUCGAGUUUCAAGGUGGUGGCUGAAGCAGUCUCUAGUCCACUUAAAACAGUCCCUGAAGUCCCUUGGGGCGGAACUUAUGCUGAUAAAAACCGACAGUAUUCUUGCCAGUCUCUUGGAGUGCAUUGAAGCUGUCGGCGCAACAAAAGUAGUAUUCAGCCAUCUUUAUGAUCCUGUGUCACUUGUUCGAGAUAACAACAUCAAAGAAAAACUAAUGGAGCUAGGCAUUUCUGUGCAAAGCUAUAAUGGAGACUUGUUGUAUGAGCCGUGGGAAGUACUUGAUGAAAGUGGACAAGCUUUUACAACCUUUGAGGCAUAUUGGAACAAGUGCUUGCACUUCCAAAUGCAACCCGUUUUACUUCUUCCUCCAUGGAAAUUAGUACCAGCUGCAGGAACUGUUACAAAUUUUUCAAUAGAGGAAUUGGGUCUUGAAGACGAAUCAGAAAAAUCUAGCAAUGCCUUGCUAGGAAGAGUAUGGUUUCCGGGAUGGAGUAAUGCUGAAAAGGCUCUGACUGAAUUUGUUGAGCUGCAUCUGCUCGACUAUUCUAAGAAUAGGCUAAAGGUUGGGGGACACUCGACAUCACUUUUAUCCCCAUAUCUUCAUUAUGGAGAACUAAGCGUACGGAAAGUUUUCCAAUAUGUGCGGAGGAAACAUGUAUUGUGGACAAAAGAAGGGAACUCUUUGGGGGAAGAUAGUGUGGCUCUUUUCCUCAAGGCCAUCGGACUUAGAGAAUACUCCCGUUAUCUUUGUUUUAACUUUCCCUUCACUCAUGAGAAAUCAAUACUGAGCAACUUAAAAUUUUUCCCUUGGCAUGCUGACCAAACCUAUUUUAAGGCUUGGAGACAGGGUAGGACUGGCUACCCAUUAGUUGAUGCAGGAAUGAGAGAACUUUGGGCAACUGGGUGGAUACACAAUCGAGAAAGAGUGAUUGUUUCAAGCUUUGCAGUGAAAGUUCUACUUCUUCCAUGGAAAUGGGGGAUGAAGUAUUUCUGGGACACACUCUUGGAUGCAGACUUAGAAAGUGAUAUCCUUGGUUGGCAGUAUGUCUCAGGUAGCUUACCAGAUGGCCAUGAACUUGAGCGACUGGACAGUCCAGAGGUUCAAGGCUCAAAAUUUGAUCCAGAGGGUGAAUAUGUGAGACAUUGGCUGCCCGAGCUAGCACGGAUGCCAACUGAGUGGAUUCAUCAUCCUUGGGAUGCACCCUUUUCUGUACUGAAAGCCUCAGGAGUAGAGAUGGGACUGAACUACCCAAAACCAAUAAUUGAGUUAGAUUUAGCUAGAGAACGUUUGACUGAAGCUAUAUUCAAGAUGUGGGAAACAGAAGCAGCUGCUAGGGCCUCCAACACUAAUUGCACAAAUGAAGUUGUAGUUGAUAAUUCUGAUCAGGCCCAGGGUACUGAAAAUUUGGCCAUUUCAGCAACUGCCUUGAAGAUAAAUGCUCCACGUCCUAACAUUUCAUCAGACGACCAGAAGGUGCCAAAAAUUCAGAAUUCUGAGAAUCAUCCACUCAAUAGGAAGAGAUCACAGCAUAUGGUAGAGGAAAAGCCACAAGGAGAUAAUUUACCUAAGCUUAAAAAUGGAGCUGAGACCUCAAGAAGAGAUGAGGAUAUAUGCUCUACAGCUGAAUCCUCGCAGGUUAAGAAGCAGACCACAAGCAGAGACUCGUUUUGUGUUCCUCAGUUGUGUUUUUCGUCAGAAUGCAAGUCUUUACCAGAGCACGAAUCUUCUGUCAGCUUGGAGCAGCCGUUGCAAGAACAGAUUGACAUGGAACAGGGUUCAAGAAAAGAUAGUAACUAACAUAUUUUGCAUCACGACGUUUACGUACGUGGAAUGAUCGAUGCAUAUGUUUUUAUGAUAAUUACAAUAUUCAUAUCCUAAUUAACCAACUUAAUUAUUUUCCUCUUGCACAUGUUUAUGUCCGACUGAUCUACGUUCUGCUUUGGUUUUGUUCGUUUAAAGUCUUUUUCAAUA